UUCACAGGAUUUGUGGGGGUCACGGCCAGGGCUCCGCACCAGAGACUGAGGUUGUCCGGGUGGUUUCUGCCGUGCGAAUCUAACUGCAAGUGGCAGACUGAGUAGGAAGCGUUCUGACGCGGCCGAGCUGCAACAUCCAGGACAAGACAUGCCAACUGCCAAGCAGCUAGCUGACAUUGGCUACAAGACCUUCUCUGCCUCCAUGAUGCUCCUCACUGUGUACGGGGGUUACCUCUGUAGCGUCCGAGCCUACCAUUAUUUCCAGCUGCGCAGUGCCCGGCGCCAGGCUGCAGAAGAACAGAAGACAUCAGGAGUCCUGUAGAGGUCAACCUUCCUGAGCUUCAAGGCUUGAGGCAUGUAAUGGAAAGACCUCCCCUGCACAUCAUCCUUGGCAAGGACUAGGGCCACGAUGGCUUUCAAACUGGCUGGGCUAACUUGCUGUGAAUUCUGUGGUCCUAUGGGUUUCUGCCAUUUUAACAGUUUGUGGAGGCUGUCAGAUAAACAGGAACGUGAGGAUGAAGUUUAUUACAGAGAUUAAAUAGUUUUCCUUGUUUGUGUCUUA